GUAGUUUCUUGCUCGAUUUCUGCCAGCAGCGAGACUAGAACCACACCCCGCCCUUGUGUACUGGAAAGACUGUUUGGCAGUCCGGCUCGUCAAUAAGAGUCAGUUAUGUCUAUUUAGGCAGCUAUAAUCUCAUACCAUCAUUCAUCGAGACGAAGCCAAGCGGCAACAACCGAUACUCUGAAAGAGGGGAAGAUACCCCCGCGGAUCAUUACAAAAAGCUCCUCCUCACCUCCCAGCACAAAAACCAACAUUCCUUCACAUUUCUCAACCACGAUGGCCACCGAGUCCCUUCUCGAGUACCUAACCCGGGAAGCUCCUCCCCGACUUCCCAACGAAAAUAUUUUGGAUGAACCAGACCCCCUUGAUCCCAAAUACAGCUUUAGAGACAUCGAAACCAUCACCUCCUGGUUUGAGUUCACCUACACCACCAUCAUGGAGCAAUACUCUUCCAUCCUACACACCUCCACCAUUAUCCAAAACCCCAUGCCGACGUCCCCUCGUCUGAUCCGCAACGAGUCGAUGUUCCGCCGGCGUUUCUCUGAAUAUGUCUUGCCACGUAUCCGACGAUCCUUGCGAGCUGCCUUCAAAAACCUCCCAGCUGAGGACAGCGCUUCCCGGCAACUUGCAGAGAUCACAUUCGACGUUGGAUCCGCCGCAUAUUACAUUGAUGAGGACGAUACACCCGGUCUGGCAUUUUUCGUACCGAGCGAUAGUUUCGAUAGCUGUCCGAAUCGCUGUCCGGGUGAAUUGAAGGUUUCGUGGACGUGGAAGUCAGAAUGGCGGUACUCUACUAAUCCGGACUGUGUGCGGGGGUAUAAGGAGGGGCUUGCUCGAUUGAACUAUUAUAUGAGAGAACAUAAAGCAAGGUAUGGAUGUAUUCUUACGGAAGCGGAAAUAGUUGCUGUGAGGAGGUUAGAAGAGGAUGGACAUUUGGCGGUAUCUGAUGCGGUGGAUAGGAGUGCGCAUGGUGAGGGGGUUCUAACUGUGUGUUUGGUGCUAUGGUAUAUGGGGAUGUUGGCAGCGAGAAGCGACUGGGAGUUGUGAUAUUCUUUUUGACACCUUCGCCAUCUCCGCUUGUAUUUCACUGCUCGAUCACUCAUAUCGCUCCGCGGAAGGUAGUAGAAAGGCAAUGAUCAGGUUUUGAUUUCGAUGG